CGCCGCAGGUCUGGCAACACUGCUUAGUUUCCCGCCACUGGGCCGCCAGUUUCGUCCCCAGCUGACUGGCUUCGUUGUGGCGCCGUGCAGGACUCCUCCCUUUUAAACCUUCCCCGGCCUUUAUUCUGCUGCCCCGCCACCGCUAAAGAUGCCAAUCAUGCAAGAGUCGCUGUCCUUCCCAAUUCGCAAACGUGGGAGGCCAGCUAAAGUUACAAAGAUCAAUGCUGAAGAUGAUGAGAUGACAAAGGUAGACACUCCCGGCUCUCCAGCAAACACAACAGUUGAUGCUCAUAGUGACUCGAAUCCAAGAAAGCCACUCAGACAACCAAGAACCCCAAGGCUGACAGACACAGUUUCCAGCACACGAAGAUCGUCCAGGAGGAAAGAACAGCCUGUCCGAUAUCGCGAGGACAGUAUCUCCCCUGAAAGGCGGCAAGCAUCUACACCAAAUAGACGGCUACGUGGUCCCAAGAAGUUAAGUUACGUAAGGGAAUCAUCACCAGAGUCUGAGUCCCCUUGUAGGUCACCAACACCCAGGAGAACAGGCACCAGAGGGAAUAAGCAAAGAUCUACCAGACAAAAUGAAUCUCCUGCCAGUUCCAGAGAGGCAAGUCCCAUUCCAAGGAAACUUACAGCAAAGCCAAAUGAAAGAUCAGACAAAGAUGAAAAAUUCAGCACCCCAAAAAAGUUGUUCCCCAAGAGACAGUCUUCACCAGAAAUUUCUUCCCCAAGCCAUAGAUGUCCAGGUUCCUCCAACAACUCUGCCACACCCAGCAGGAACUCCAGAGGUUUGGAGGGAGAGCAGGGCCUCCUCACACCAAGCAAAAGAAAGAUUCUGUCACCAGAUGUAGAAGAAUGUCUCAGCCCAAGUAAAAGACUAGUUGUGGUUUUGGACAAAAUACCUGGUUUGGUUAGUCCCAGUGUAAAACAAAUGAAGUCUCCAGAAUCAACACAGUCAAGGCAGAACAUUCCACUCAGUCCAGUUCGGUUAUGGUCACCCUGCAAGUCAGUAGUCAGCUCCAAACCUCUGAUACCAAAGGCAGAUAACCCUCCGAUGUCGCCCCCUAGCCAGCCACCCUCUGCUGCGCCUCGCAGCAGACUAGUUGUGGUUUUGGACAAAAUACCUGGUUUGGUUAGUCCCAGUGUAAAACAAAUGAAGUCUCCAGAAUCAACACAGUCAAGGCAGAACAUUCCACUCAGUCCAGUUCGGUUAUGGUCACCCUGCAAGUCAGUAGUCAGCUCCAAACCUCUGAUACCAAAGGCAGAUAACCCUCCGAUGUCGCCCCCUAGCCAGCCACCCUCUGCUGCGCCUCGCACUCCAGAACGCCUGGCUACAAGGUCUAGUGCUGACUGUAGAAGUCCUUCAAGAUCAGCAGUAAAGCGCCUCAACAUGAACAGCCCGUUGAAGUCCCCGAGGAAGCCCUUGCUGCUCUCUAGUCCCAGGAGGUCACCCAGGAAAUUCAGUGAUGAAAAUUCUGCCAGCCCUCAGAAGGACCUAAGGAAAGCUGCCCUGUCACCCUUGCGUUUCAGCAGCCCAUCCUCGCUGGUGUCUAGACUCAGCAUGAGCAGUCCUUCCAGCUGUCGGAAGAACCUUGCCAUGGGCCUCCAUAAACCCGAUGUUAGUGUGUACCGUGCACUGCGUCAGAGCCUUAGCACUGGCACGCCCUCAGUCCUGGUGUGUCGGGAAAAGCUGGCCGGUGAAAUACGAGAGUUCCUGACAGAGCACCUUACGAAGGGCAAGCCGGGCUCCCUCUACGUCUCAGGGGCUCCAGGCACCGGCAAGACGGCCUCCCUCAACUCUAAUCUGGAAACCUUAGGGGUGAAGAGAAUCAAGAAAGUCUUCCUGAACUGCAUGACACUCAAGACAGCACCCGCCAUAUACAAGGCCAUCGCGACAGAGCUUGGCCUUAGAGCCACCAACAGUGAGAGGGAAAACAGGAAUGCCAUUGAAGAGACACUCGCUACAUCCAGGCAGCCCAUCCUCCUGAUGUUGGAUGAGGUGGACCAGCUGGACAGCAAGAACCAGGAGGUGCUGUACACCAUCUUUGAGUGGCCGGCGCUCCCCAGCUCCUCCCUGGCGUUGGUGGGCAUCGCCAACUCCCUCGACCUCACUGACCGCAUCCUCCCUCGCCUCCAGGCUCGACCUUACUUCAAGCCCAAGCUCCUCCAUUUUCCUCCGUACUCCAAGGCAGAAAUUGUCCAGAUCAUCAACCACAGAAUAAAAGAGGCUGACAUUGGUGAUGCACAAGUCAUCCGUCCAUCCGCCGUUCAGCUCCUGGCCGGCAAGGUGGCUGCCAUUGCCGGCGACGUGCGCAAGGCACUGGAUGUCUGCCGGCGCGCCGUGGAGCUCUGCGAGAGUCAGGCCUGCAGACAAGCAGUGCUCAAGCCUUCAAAUGGUAGUCCAAAGAAAGCGUCCAAUAAACCAGUGAAUAACGCUGUGCCCUGCAUGGUGGAAAUACCAAUGAUUCUCUCCAUUUUCAACGAAGUCUACGGCUCCCGUGUGGUCUCAGCCGUGACAGGUGCCCCAGAGAGCUUUCCGCUGCAACAGAAGAUUUUGAUUUGUUGUCUUUUGCUCAUCUUCAAAUAUGCCCGUUCCAAAGACAUCACUUUGGGGAAGUUUCAUGAAGUCUACAUCCGUGUGUGCAAAAAGCAGCAAGUGCCAGGAAUGGAUCAGACUGAAUUCCUUUCAGUCUGUACGUUGCUGGAGUCCAGAGGAAUGCUCCAGUUGAGGCGUAACAAGGAAAUACGCAGCUCAAAGGUUCUCUUGCUCCUGAAUGCAAAGGAAGCUGAAGAUGUGAUGGGUGACCGAAACCUUUUGGCCACUGUCCUGGAAGACAGAGGAAGCUUAGGAAAGCUGUGCUCUCAGAAAAGUUAGAGGUAGUGCAUGCAUCAUCACGUCUUGUAUCA